AUGAAAAUUGCUUUAUCUUUAUUGAUCUUACAUAUUUUUCUUACUAUACCUACAUUAUAGUAUAGUUAGUCAUAUUCGUGUAGGCAAUUAAAAAUAUAACAAUUUCGUUAUAGAAUUAGAGGACAAUAUAAAAAUAUUUUAUAAGAAAAAUAAGGAGCAUUUAUCUCAAAUAAAGAUUAAAUUUACUUUGCAGGAGAUUAAUUUAAUAAGAAUCCAUUUAGAUCAGAAGUAUAUUAUGUAGAUGGAGGAAGAGGAUAUACUAUUUAAGAAAUUGGUAAAUAUAUGAUAAUUGAUUUACUCUAAACCUAUGAAAUCAAUAGAAUAAUACUUUGGGUUUAUGAUAGGGAUUUAUCUUUACGAACAUUUGAUUUAAAGGUAUAUAUUAAAGGUCCUGGAGAAAUUGAACAAUUAAUUUAUUAAAAUAACCUUGCAACCACUAUUAUAAAGAUAAAGUUUUCUGAUGCUUUUGUGAAAUAAAUACUGAUAUAUAAUAGUAAUGGUAGUUCAGUGAAUUAAUACUUACAUUUAUUUAAUCUACAAGCUUAUUAUAAAUUAUGA